AUGAAGUUGCUGCUUUGGCUUACAGCCGCCCAUGUAGCGCAGGCCGCGGGAAGACAUGGGAUCAUGAAGAAGAGACAGGUGGUUGAAGAAGGAAUUGUCUCGGCAGCCAAAUUCGAAGGACUGCGGCUGUCUUAUAUCACUGAAAUCGUUACUCAGAAAGUGACUGAGACGCAGAUGCAGACCGUUAUUCAGACGGUCGCGGGUACUCCUGUUGCUGUCGCUGCUGAAGCCGUCACCGUCACCGUUAAUGCUCCUGCUGUGACAGUCACCGAGACCAAGACUGAAGUCGUCAAUCAAGUCAACACUCAAUAUGUCACUCAGGUUCAGGUUGAGACUCAAUAUGUUACCCAGGUCGACACCCACAUCAUCACCGAAGUGGCUGCGGCUCCUCCUGCUGUGACUGUCACAGAAACUGUCACAAAACCUGAGCUGGUUACCAUCAUUGAGAUGCAGCCCCUUACGGUUACCGUCGCUGGACCAGGACCUGACCCCAUUACCAUCAUCCACACCGUACAGGCUCCCCUUGAGACCGACGAUUCUAUCGGAACAAAGUUCAACCCAGGCGUCACCACGAUUCCCAUCCCUGAAAGCCGACUGCCAAAGACAACACUCCAAGCGGACCCCUUUGCUCCAGUGGGACCUGUCAUGACAACAGUAAUCACUCCUCAGGUGCCUGCCCCGACAAAUGCUAUCCCUCCUGAGCAGCCCGCCGAAAAGCCAGUCACGACAAGCGCUGUCAUUCCUGGAGCACCUAUCGAGGGCCCUAUCACGACAACAACCAUCGUCCCUAAGGAGCCCGUUCAAGAGCCCUCUACGAUCCAAACCAGCGCUCUCGAGAAACCCAGUAGUGAAUCGUCUACCCAGAAGCCACCCGCCGAAACUUCUUCAACUCAGGCAGAGCCUGCUUUGACCCAGUCAGAGCCUGCCGAGUCCGCUCCUACCAUGUCACCUUCGAUGGAGCUUGGCAACAUGGGGCCCGAUACCACGGGAGCUAUUGCGGCGCCAAUUCUAGACGGAUCCGACCCGACAACCACUGCCGCAGCAGAAGGACCCUCAAAGACUCGUAUCCCAAUCGAUCUGUCCGACCCGUCAAAGCUCAGCAGCGUGCUCGACUUAGGCAACCUGGGCGGAGGAGAAGGAGGGCUCAAGGCUCGUGCGACGGGUACUCCUUGA